AUGCCCAGGCCUACAAUCUCCCUUGAUAGUCUUGGAUACGACACAACAGUGCGCUUUCGACUGAAUAAUCUUGGCGAAUUCUUCACGCAACCUCGCGGAGCUGCUGUCAUCUCCCGUGAGACAGAACCGUUCGGACACGGUGGAUGGAAAAUAUUCUUUCAAUCCAAUACCCGGGCAGAUGAUGAUUGCUUGCAAGUGCGGAUCGUGCCUCCCAAGGAAGGCUCUCCUGCCGUUGACUAUUCUGUUAUCGGGGAGUCCUCUAGGGGGAAGCUCUACUUCAUAGUAGCAUCUGGCGUUUCCACAGCAUUUCACCCUCGUUCGAAAGCUGCAGGGGGUGAUGACGCGCUUUCUCGAGUUCACGAUUGGUCCCGCGACGAGCAUUUGCGAAACGAAAAUAGCCUCAUCGUUACCGUGAAUAUCAAAACAAGUGCUCCCUGCCCUAUGCCAGCAGCUCAGCCAGGAGAGAGAGGCGAGAUGUUUAGUUUCCUCCAUCGAACGAUGAUAAAUGAAUCCCCCAUUAACAUGAGAUACAUCGCCUUUACUCGUCGCAUAUCCUCUGGACAGUUGACUUGUGCUCGUGCGAUAUUCGCCAACGAGCUUGUUCUGACAGAAGCGAGUGCAUAUAUGGAGGACUUGCAUUAUACCGAGCAAUUUACGGCCAUUGCGCAUCGCCUUGACGAGGAUCUUCUUGUCGAUGAUUUAAAGUCUACACAGACAACCUACAUGGACGACGACAGCGACUUCGAAGACGACGGCGAGACUCAAGCAGUGACUCGACCCCGGGAUCACGUUGAAGGAAGCUAUGAUGAGAGAAAGCCAUCUAUUACAGCGGAGCACAACCAGAUAGAUGCUGACGACACUAUGCUGAAUGAUUUUGACGGAGGAACUGUAGUGGUCGACGGGGCUGCUGCCCGAACGUGGGAAGCGUUCAUUUUCUACUUAUACAGCGGAAAACUUGAAUUCGCCCCAUUGAAGAGUGCCGGUGCAUCAAUUCGGAAGGAAUUCUUCAAGAACCAUCGGGAACGUAAGCCGCAACUUCCUACCCCCUGUUCCUGCAAGUCUAUGUAUCGUCUGGCAAAGGAAAUCGAAUGUGAGAGCUUGCGAGUUUACGCAUUGGGUCACUUGAAGUGCCAGCUUUCCGCGCAUACGAUCCUGACUGAACUGUUCAGCGAAUUCACCGCACGAUACGAAGAAGUAUACAAAAUGGAGAUGAAGACACUAAGAAAGCUCUGGAAGGAGCUCGAGGGCACACCGGCCUUGCAAGAGAAGCUCACCGAGGCCGUGAAGUAUCCACAUGCGGGACGCAUCGUGGCAGAUAUUUUUCAAAUGGCCAUGAACGCUCCUGGUCUACGACACAAGUAUUGA